ACGUUUAAAACAAAAUUAAUACAAAUUAUCGAAACAAUUGCAGAGCAGAGCGAAUAUCUAUAGAAUUAGAAAUACCAGAAUAAACAAAAAUUUGUAGUUAAAAUCAAUAUCGAAUUCAUAGCCAUGUUAACACGUUUCUCCCAUCUUCUCGUCACACAGUGAGAGAAAACAAAAAGACGAUAUGCAGGUCAAUGUCGCCGGACUACGCAGAAACAUCAAGAAUCUCGCGCACAACUAUUCGGAUGCACAGGUGAAAGUGCGCGAGGCAACGUCCAAUGAUCCAUGGGGGCCAUCGGCCACAAUUAUGGCCGAAAUUGCCGAUUUGACGUACAAUGUGGUUGCCUUCUCGGAGAUUAUGCAAAUGAUAUGGAAGCGCUUGAACGAUCACGGCAAGAACUGGCGUCAUGUCUAUAAGGCGCUCAUACUGCUCGAGUAUCUGAUCAAAACCGGCACCGAGAAAGUCGCUCAACAGUGCAAGGAGAAUAUUUUUGCCAUACAAACGUUGCGUGAGUUUGUCUACUUCGAGGAGGGCAAGGAUCAGGGAACGCAUGUGCGUGAGAAGGCCAAGCAGCUGGUCAAUCUGCUGAAGGAUGACGAACGACUGAAAAACGAGCGUGUGAAGGCAUUGAAAGCCAAAGAACGCUUCGCUCUGCAUCCGAGUGGAUUUGGCAGCGAUGGCUAUAUCGAUGGACCGUCACAGAGAGAUCUGCCGCCGGGCUGGCAAGAGGAGCCGCCGAAAAAUGCCUCCGAGCUGGAAAUGGUGCGACCACAAACCGCUGGCGAGGAGGAGCUGCAGCUGCAGCUUGCCAUGGCCAUGUCCCGGGAGGAAGCCGAGCAGGAAGAGGCGAAGCGGCGCAGCGACGAUGUGCGUCUGCAGCUAGCGCUCAGCCAGAGUGAGCAAGACUUCAAGGACUCGAGUGGUCGACCUAUUCCGGCACCCAAAAAGGAGGAGCCACAAAGCCAUCUGCUUGAUUUGCUCGACAUUUCGCUGGGCGCCACAAGCAUUUCGAGUCCUCCGCUAGGUGCUGCCGGUGGCGGCCCCUCUGCUGUUGUUGAUCCCUGGGCUGCAGCUAGUCAGCUGCCAGAUCCUUGGGCAGGCAACGCUGCGGCACAAGUGGAUCCAUGGCAUGCGAAUGCAGCGCCACCGCGCACCAUCAUGAGCACGGGCGUGCCGCUGGGUGCAGCUGCUCCGCCAGGCGAUGCCUGGGGGCUGCGUGCACAGUCACCGUCAGUGGCGUCAGGCUCCUCCAACGAGGGCUGGCUGCAGACCAAUGGCAAUGCCAGCCAAAAUGGCGCAGCGCGAGCUGCUUCAGCUUCUGUGCCCGUCGACGCUUGGCUAACGAAGUCCACGGCGGGCGUUGGCUUGGCCGCAGCACCAGCACCACAGCGAGUGGCCAACAAUGGCAGUUCAGCAGAUCCUUGGCUCACUGAGACGCCGCUUGCGGCAGCACCAAUUGCAGCAGCUGCCGCGCAGCCAGCAGAUCCUUGGGCAACGACACAGGCAACGACAGCAGCGCUCGAUGAUCCCUGGAAGGCAGUGCAAACGGGCGCCAUUAAGAAACAAUCACCCGACUUUGAUGAGUUCGAUUUGAUUACCAAUCGCAAUAAGAGUGGCGAACACAAUAAUUCCAAUGCCUCCAAUAACAACAAUAAUGCUUCGCUGCUGGAUGACAUGGAUCCGCUAUCGUCAAAUUAUGGCAACAACAGCUCAGUGCAUCCAUCGACGGGCGCCACCGCCAAGAAGCCAUUGAAGGAUCCGCACUCAUUCCUCGGCGAGAACUCGGCACUGGUUAAUUUGGAUAAUCUGAUUAAGCCAAUUGCGCCGCAAACGCAAUCGGGUCUAGUGCAAGCCUACAAUCCAUUUGCGGACAAUGUGAUGCCACCCAAAACGAAUCUAUUCCAGCAGCAGCAGCCAGCCGUGCCGUCCAUCAAUCAGUUGAAACAACAGCCGCCCUUCGCAGUCAAUAUGAAUCAGGAUCCCUGGGCGCCGGUUAGCGGUGGCGUCAGUGCAGCCUCUCAGCCGAAGCAGCCUUUGCGUCCGACCAGCUUGAAGCUGACCGAUGACUUUGAGCUGCUGAGUGCGUUCAGUAAACCCGUCUCCCUAACCCCUCAUCCCAAUCCACAGUCAAGCACGCAAGUUCACAACAACAACAACAACAAUAGCAGCGGCAACAACAUGAUCAACAACAACAACAAUAAUGUGAUGUAUGGCCAGAGUUAUUAUAGUCCAAGCAUUGAUAGCAUUCGCAACAUGGAUAUCAUGGCCGAGACGCCACAACGUUCCUACUUUCCGAGUCCCUCGGCGCCCUCUGGGCCAUAUAGCAACUAUAGUACGCCGAUCGGUUAUUCCAGCUAUACGCAGAGCUAUAGCAGUGCUCUAUCCGAAUCGUUGGCCGAGACGCCAGGCAUCAGCAUUUCACCGUUGGGCUACAACAAUGCAGCACCUCAAGAUGUCUUCUAUGGCAAUUCGAAUGCUUCGACAGCUGGAAAUCAGUGCAAGCUGGAACAAAAUAACAACAUGCCGUGGAUAAAGCCGGAGGCAGCAGCCACAAAUCCGUUUCUAUCUUAAAUGAGAAGGAGUCAAUCGUAUCAAGCAACCAAUCAAUCAAGCAGCAGCUAAAGCAGCAACAAUAACACAUUGUCUGGGUGAAAAGUACUACUACAACAAACAGCAGCAACGGCAACAGCAACAGCAGAAGCAAAAGCGAUAAUAUGAAUUAAUUGAGAUAACUAAAUUAUAUGUAAGAAAGUAUUAUUAAACUGUAAAAUAUGUGAUUUGUUGUCCAGCUGAAUCCGAUUGAAAUAACAACAAGAACAGCACGAGCACGAACAACAAAAGCGGCAGCAGCAACAACAACUCGACGCUAACUCUGAGUUAUGUGCAAUCGAACGUUUUCUUAGAUUUGUAAUAGCUCCAUUCAGUAAAAUACUACAAAACUGUAUAAAAUUAUAAUAACAAUAAUACUAAUAAUAAUAAUUAACAAAUUGUAAACAACAGCACUGAGGGUCUGCAGCCUAGAAGAAGACUCAACUCAACUUGUUGUGUCGACUCCAAAUCGGAUAUCCCAAAAAGUUUUGUGGCAGCCUUUAAUUAAUUUAUUUCGUAGCUGUAUUGAAUGUUGUUGUCAAAUGCGAAUGAGAUAUAAACCAAAAACGAAAACACAAAAAAUUACAAUCCCCAAGAGAACAGUUUAUUGAAAGCGAUUAAAUUGUAAAUGUAAAUGAGAGAUAAAAAGAAUUGUUAUAUAGCUUUAAAAAUUUUUGUGCAUUGUGAACGAGAUGGAAUGAGGAAAGUGUAAGAAAGUGCGAGGAGGAAGAGGAGAAGAAUUCACCACAACAACAACAAAAACAAACAUCAUUUUGAUUCUUGUGUAUGUGCUUUGUAAUUGUAACAUUUUUAAAAAACAAGUUUUUUACGUUUUAUGCGGCAUUUGUUUAUUGUGGCGCGCUUGCACAGCAGCAGCAAACAAAAAACCGAAACAAAAAUCUAAAUAUUUUUAACAUACAUUGUUUUUUAAAUGUUUUUUGGGCCACCUUUAAAAAAACAAAACGAAAAACAAAAAUGCAAUGCAUCUAAUUUUUGCUGUUAAACAUUUUUUAUAGAAAAUAGUUUAAAAUUUACAACAACAAAAAACGUAAAACAUAUAUAAAAAUAAAGCUAAAACAACAAAUGGUAUACAUUUAGGUUAGAAUACGUAAAAAUUGUAUAAGCGUAACUUAAUGAUAAACAAAAUAUAAGAAACAAAAAAAAAACAAAA